UUCUCUCCCGGGCUUACCUUAAGGUCGCCCUUGAAAAGCGGAGCUUCUAUGGCCACCAGCGAUAGCUGCGGUCGCCGCCGUUCUAAGGAGAACUGCAGCGGCACCAGUACCCAUUAGUAUCUCAGCUGUGCUUCGUGCUAGGACACAAUCGGCGCCUGUUAGUAGAGCUAAGCUCUAUCGAUGCGCCCAUUCUGCUCACUGUUGGGACUAAAACCAGUGUACAACCAAUCUUCGACAACAAAUCGCAGCACAUUAAAAUGGGCUAAACUUCUAAUUGCAACCAACUAUCAACACAACACAAGGCAUUUAGAGAAUUACGCCAAAGGGACGGCUGUCGGAUGUUCAGCUGAUGUGAGAGAUUCGCAACAUUUUAUUGUGCAUUUAUUGACCCUAGGGCAGCAGCAGUAUCACCAUGUUCAUACGAUCUAUAAACGGUAAUAGCGGAAGUAGUUAUUCCACUGGAAGAAAUUUUACGAACGGAGUUUCUGUGUUUAUCCCGGCGUGCGUGCGUUUGUCUAUCUGCGACUGUGCAUGCAAAACGGUGCGUUGAACUGUAGUCCUUUAGGUUUUCGCUUUGGAGCAGCAAAUCGAAGCACAAGUUCAAUAACGAACUUAGAGACUCUGGAACUGCUUAUCUGUCUAUCUAUGCAACUCGAUUGUAUUAGUGGCCGCACCAGUGGUGGUAGACAACUUCGUCGCAUUAUAAUUUUUCGUCGGCUAGUCGUUACCGAUAUAAUGAACGUUGCAAUUGGCUCGCAAAAGGUUCUGUGUCACUGACAAAUGGCCCAGUAGUAGCAGUAGCUUUACCAUAUGAGCUACAGAGUAUCUAAUUUUUCUUCUAAAUAGAGAAUUGUAUUAUUUCGGUUGACGGUUUUGGUGAUUUCGCGGUAGGUGAAAAGCCACUAUGUGUACGUCCAGCUCGCUUUUGUAGGAAGUUUUGUCACGCUGAGGAGAAAAAAGCAGUGAAACAUUUGUUAGUUGCUCGAUAGUUCGGGAGUUGAGUGAACUGUACAAGAACCAUUUAAGUUAGGCAUUAAGGAUAGCAAAGUGCAUCCAAAGUCGAUAAACCGCUAUCCUAUUGUAAGACGGGGACUGCGUUACAGCUGUGCACGGUACGGCUGCUUGUUGCGUUCUUGUCUUCGAGGGGGGGGGGCAAGGGGAUGGCUAGCCCGAGCUCGUCAACGGGUUCGACCCCGUUCGAUCCUAAUCAUCCUGUAUUUUCAGGACACACACUAGACAAGGCUACAAAAGCGAAAGUGCACUUGGAGAACUACUAUUCGAAUCUUGUCAGUCAGCACAUUGAGCGACGGACGCGCCAUGAGAAACUCGAGGAGUCGAUGGCCGAAGAGGGCCUAUCCGAAGAGCAGAAAAAAGAGGUGCGCGCUCAGCACUCGGUAAAAGAGACUGAGUUCCUUCGAUUGAAAAGGUCACGUCUCGGUGUCGAUGACUUCGAUCCGCUCAAGGUAAUCGGCAAGGGUGCCUUCGGCGAGGUUCGACUUGUACAGAAAAAGGAUACUGGACAUGUCUACGCUAUGAAAAUUCUACGAAAAGCAGAUAUGCUGGAAAAAGAACAGAUUGCUCACGUGCGCGCGGAACGAGACAUCCUCGUCGAGGCCGAUCACCAGUGGGUUGUUAAAAUGUACUACAGCUUUCAAGACGCCAUCAACUUGUACCUGAUUAUGGAGUUUCUACCUGGUGGUGACAUGAUGACGUUGCUCAUGAAGAAAGACACGCUGUCGGAAGAGGCGACGCAGUUCUACAUUGCAGAGACAGCUUUGGCGAUUCAGAGCAUCCACCGGCUUGGAUUCAUCCAUCGGGAUAUCAAACCUGAUAACUUACUCUUAGAUGCGCGGGGCCACGUAAAGCUGUCCGACUUCGGUUUAUGCACGGGCUUAAAAAAAUCGCAUCGUACAGAGUUCUAUCGUGACCUAUCACAGGCCAAACCCUCAGACUUUAUGGAUUCGAAACGACGGGCUGAGAGUUGGAAGAAAAAUCGGCGCCAGCUUGCAUAUUCGACUGUUGGAACGCCGGAUUACAUCGCGCCAGAGGUAUUCAUGCAAACAGGUUAUACGGCUGCCUGUGAUUGGUGGAGCCUUGGCGUGAUUAUGUACGAAAUGCUUAUAGGUUACCCACCAUUUUGUUCAGAGACGCCACAGGAGACGUACCGUAAGGUAAUGAAUUGGCGCGAAACUCUCGUGUUUCCACCUGAGGUACCAAUUUCCGUAGAUGCCCACAGCCUCGUGACGUCGUUAUGCAGUGAUGCGACUGUGCGACCCGCAACAUUCGGUGACAUCAAAGAGCACCCGUUCUUUCGCGGGGUCGACUGGGAACAUAUUCGUGACCGGCCAGCUGCGAUACCUAUUCGAGUGAAAAGUAUAGAUGACACAUCCAACUUCGACGAUUUCCCCGAUGUCCAGUUGAAAAUCCCGUGCGCUCCAAAGGAUGAGAGCCCGGGCACAAUAGCAACCGCUGCUGCGGGUGGUCCAGGCGGGCAGAACUAUAAAGACUGGGUAUUCAUCAAUUACACCUUCAAACGGUUCGAAGGUUUAACGCAGCGCGGGAAUAAGAAGUUAAUGACGGCGUUUAGCGCGGCACCAUCUGGCUCAUCGCCAUCGAGCUGAACUUCAAAGCUGACAACAUAAUUUUGACAAUAUCAACAACCUGUAAGCAUCCAUCUCUAGUCAGCCGACGAAAAGAAGUUUCGUUAAAAAGAAGCCGCAUGUCCAAGAAGGAUCUUAAAUGAAGGAGGGCAACAUUACAACAAACUGCAAACGAAUGUCCAAGAAAGCAAUAGCAGUUGGUACCUAAUUAUCUAUAUCAUCAGUCUAAGCGAAUAGAUCACAGUUUGGCAGAAGUGAUUAGUAAACAGGCACAUAUGAGAAGUGCAAUCAAGUGCUUGCCGUGCUUCGCGACCCAAUGCCACAUGGCAUGCAGAUCAUAAGUCCUCCCUGAAAAUACAAAGAAUACAGAAUAAUUACUAUACAAAACUACACACAAGUAUAUAGGAAUCUACACAUUACAUAAGUGUAGCACACAAAAAAGAAGGAGGUGAGCAGACGGUAAUAAGUAAUCGGACCCGAAUAAAUUUUUCGAAAAUGCGUGCCCGUUGUCCCAAUAAAUGAAAUCAAGAUAUUAUUGACUAGUAUUCUUAUCUUCCUUGAAAAUAGCUGUGAAAUCUUAACGCAAACCUAGCUAAUGAAUGGAUGUGAACAAGUGAAGAGAGCUUUCCUGCCUUCGACCAACAAACGGCAAGCCAAUGGGUAGCAGAUGACGAAGUAAUGCGGAAUAGCGAAAAAAAAAUUAAUGAUAUGAUAAGACAUAAUAAUAACACUAAUAAAAAUAGCAUCAUAAUGGUUAUGGUGAUGAUAAUGAUGAUUAUGCGAGAUAUGGCAAAGCUCGCUAGGGGAAGUCAAGCCGAGAAGCCGCGGUGUUCCAAAGGAGGACGAACUAUGUCAUUUCAGCGAGGAAGGUAUAUAUACAUAGGGCCAGAUGAUAGGCGCAUACUGUUAGAAUAAAAGACGAGUAUGACUAAAGCUAUGCGAGUUUGAAGUCUAUAUGGAAUGUUGCGGAAGACAUAAAAGAGAGGGAAAAAAACAGAAUAUCCGAAAAAGAGGGUAUAGAUCGCACUGAAGGCUGCAGUUGGAGCGUUUGUUUGGACAAUGAGGAGUCAUAAAAACGUAAAAAGGAGAAACUAAGGCAAUAUCAUCAUACGCUGCGGGAAGUGUUAUUUGUAUGCGAUGAGGAACCGAAAGGAUGUUGAGGAUUGAAAAACGAUAAAUAGACUGCUGAAAGGAUAUGGCCUGCCUGACACUAGGUCGCACCAGCAGCGCGGAUGGUGGGAUUCCUGUGUGAGGCUGACGUGCUAGCGGCAUGAAAAGCAAGACAUGCGUUACGUACUGUUAACACAAACGAUCUAAUCUUUUUUUUGUGUUUUUUGGUUACGCGAUGUGAGCAAGACAACAGUCAACAACCCUCAAUGAGUAGAAGAAUAAUAACGGAUAUGAUGAUGAUCUCACGCGCAGUUUUAUAGCGAAAAUACUACACAUGUAGGCCUUCGCACAUGGAUAGCAUACGGAAUCAGGGAGGAAUGUCAUUCCAUAGAGAACACUCGUUGAUUCAGGGUUGGGUAUGAGUCCGAGAUUUAAGGAGAUAAUGGCUCAACUACGUAUAAAACUUUUUCGAUACUGUACCUCCAGAAAAAGCACUGGCGGUUCUCUUACCGAUCUUAUAUCUACCUAUACAUAGUGUGUAGGUUAAAAAGGCAAAAAUACAAGUAGACCGGAUUACAUAACGAUGCAGAUAAAACAUAAGGACAAUCUGUGUGCCUACGUUUGUUUCGUAGAAAAUAAAUUCGAUGCGUUGAGCUAAAAUGCAAAGUCACUAGAAGGAAUUUUAUAUAUAAAACUCCUUCAAAAAACAAAGAAAACCUAAUAGUUACGAUAUUUUUAUGAGGGUAUAACGGUAGAUGAUUCUAGUACAGUUACUUUUAAGUUCUGAUAUACGCGGUUGCUGAAAAACCGAAAGCAGCGAUUGUUAAAAAUGCUAGUGCAAACAAAAUGGCGCAAGGAGCAAAUAAGUAAUCACGACGGCAGCAUUCAUCUUCUGCAUAGAAUACAGUUCAUAGUUGUAUCUCCCGCUUUGACUACUCCAUUUUUGGAGGUGGUAGUUCUCCCCUGUCUCCAUGGACUUUAUCGAUCCAAUGUUUGUCUGGAUUUCGAAAACUGGAGUCAGAGAAGUUUAUUAUCUCUGUCACUAUGUACAGAUUGGGGCAAACAUCUUACAACUUUUAAGCGACGUGACGUUUGUAAGAAGAAUGGCUAGGGCCAUGUGGUUUGUAUCAGCAAAAAUAUGAGGUUUAUAUAAAUAAAACACAUGGUUGUGAUAGGCGCAGCCCUGCCACGCAGUUUUUACCAAGAAGCAAGACACAACAAAACGUCAAGCCAAUACGGCAAAUUACGUCGACAAAGAAGAAUGGUCAUGAGAAACAUGAUUUAGCAAACCAGAGCGUCACACCCAAUGUUUACCUCGAGUUUACUUAAGCUAUCUUUAUGUUAUUGCUAUUUUUUUAAGAGUAAGUAAACCGUACUUUUUAAGGUGGGUCUAGGUGAGGAAGGAAGAUAAUUUUAUUCUUCCACUUACACUCCAAACUAAAUGAUGAUUAAUUUUAUUAGAAUACACUGUAACACAAUACUUAAGAGAAGAUGUCUGCUCGAUAUUGGAGUCGAUGAGUGGAAACGAAUAGAAAACCAAGAGGUAACACGAAGUGUUUGUCGUUCAGAAAAGAAACGGAAGCAAAGUCUGAAGAUCCCGUAAUGUAUUAGUGAAUCCAUACAAAUGCAGCUGACAUUAGUAUUGCCACUCGGGCCACUUACCUUCGAAUAUGUUGAACGUAAGCUUUAAAUACCCUAAAUACUUUACGCUACGUAUAUCGGGCUUGCCUAGAUGGACUGUAAAUUCAUGACACGUUUAUAAGGACCAGCUUGAGGCAUCUUUCUUGACCGAUGGUUCUUUCCAUAGCGCAUUUCUAAGCCGAAUGAAGUAACAAGUUGACCAUAAUGUACAGAUAUCAUUCUUUGUUCUGUACGUGAUAUAGCACGAAAACUCUGUUUUUGUUGGAGCUGUAAGCUGAGCGUCAGCAAUCACAAAAGUCAGAUAAAAAAAAACGUGUCUAUGCGCAGUCAACAUAAAAAAAUGGCUUAGUUCACGUAUAAGUAGAUUUAUAUAGUAUCUUGUUCGAAGAAGUCUAGCUCUUAAGGCGCUUUACUGUUUUUCAUGCUUGCCUACCUUUACUAAAUCUAGAAGUGAUCUAAAUGACAGCUUGUGAACGUGGAAAGUUAAGUUGGCGAACCAGUACAGUCAUUCAGAACGUGGAAGAGUUUGUUUGGCUGUUAUUUUUCAGAGACAAAACAUAAUCCCUGAGAGUGUAACAUAGAAAGGGCAUAGAAAAUAGCAUACAUAGAGAAAAGAUGCAUAUCCUAGAUUAAAAAAAAUAAAAUUAGAUUUUAAAAAGAUGGGUGGCCAGAGUAAAUCUUCCGUACUGAUACGACCGUAUCUUCAAGUUAACAAACGAAUAAGGAAGGGCAUUCAGUUAAAGCCUGAAUAUUCUUAAAGGGCCGGUCGCAUAGAUAAUAAUAGUGGUUGAUUUUAUCUUCAUCAAUAUGAUGUAGUUAUCAGUGGCUCUAUAUUAAAAUAACUAUGAGAAGAAUAAUAAUUAUUAUUACUACCAGAAGAACAUAACGACAAUAAAUUAAGGUUAAUAAGUACUACGGAUGAAUUUUAAAGUGUUUGUUGCUCACA